AUGGCAGAAGAAGAGAAGGAUAGAUUGCUUCCGGUAGCGAACGUGUGGAGGAUGAUGAAGAAGAUCCUACCCCCAAACGCCAAGAUCUCUAAAGAAGCCAAACAGACAAUGCAAGAAUGUGCAUCGGAGUUCAUUUGCUUUGUUACCGGUGAGGCAUCGGACCGGUGCCACAAGGAGAACCGGAAGACGGUGAAUGGAGACGACAUCUGCUGGGCACUCAGCUCCCUCGGAUUCGAUAACUACUCGGACACUAUGCUCACCUACUUGCACAGAUUCAGGGAGAUUGAGACACAGAGGGCUAACCAACAAAGCUAA